AAGGCCUUUGAGUCAUCAAGAUGAAUUUUCUUUUGAGCUCGAUAUUAUAGCGAACACAACCAAGGAUACAAUUUCUGUUCCAAUUCAUGAAGUGAACAUAAACACUCAUGAUAUGUUCAUUGAUGUUGGCAAUGACAAAACAGUUUUCGCAACUGAAGCCACAAAGAAUGAAAGUGAGAUAUAUCAAAGAAAUUCAGAUGAGUUUACCUUCAAUUCUGUCGUAGAUUUUUACUGCAGAUUGAAAGUCGAAUCAAUAUCCUUAAUAAAUUGCCAUCUUGAUGAUAUGAAGAAAUCCUAUGAUGUUGCUUCUCUUUCUGGUGAUCGAGUAAAAGCAGCAGAAAUAAAUGAGGAAAUCAAGGAAGUUUAUAAGAAAUUAGAGGAAGCCAAGGGUUCUGGAAAUGCUAGUGUGGGAAAGCAACGAUCAAUGGAAAAAUGUGUUAGUCAACUGCUUAAAGCUUUAGAAGAACUGAACUUGCAAGCUUUUGAGCAAGAAUAUCACCUGUCAGAAAAAAUAAUUUCAGCAGGGAAAAACUUGAGUGCAGCAAUCAAAUUUCUUGAACAUACCUCGUCGGUUCUCCAUAGUCUGCUGUUAGCAUCCUUGGAGGAACAAAAAGCUUAUAUUCAUGCAUGGUCUGACAUGGCUGCGGCUUGUGUUGAAGAGUUGUUGCAUGGUGCCACAAUAUGGCAAGAGUCAGUUCAAUCACAAGCCUUUGCGCAAAUAUUAAGUCAAGAAUCGAACUAUUUCAUCGCCCUAGGAGAGAUUCAUAGAGUUGCGGAAGUACUAGGAGCUUCAUUGAAAGUCUAUAAGCCUUGGUUACUAUUAAACCAAGGCAACUACUCGAGCAAGUUAUUAGCUAGCUUGGACAAGUGUGCUGAGGCAUGGACUCUGUACGGACUCGAAGAAGCUGUUAGAACCAUUUCUGAGUCCUGCAAUGUCGAACAUGCUCGUCUAGCCAAAACACUCCUUGCAUCCAUCAAGACCAUUCAUGAGCUUGAUCUCUCACGCCAUUCAUUUUCUGAAGGCAAAAAGAUUUGCAGAAUAUCCUUAUUGUCCACAGAAGAACUAAAAGACCUGAAAAUGGAGCAAUGGCAUGAGAAAUGCUAUUUUGUGAAGCUUGCCAAUCUCUGGGCUAAUAGGGUAUGUUAUGAACCUCCUCAGUUGCCAUACUUACAUAUCAGCUAGGCGGGGAAUAUAGAAUGGGAUUGGACAGGAGUUUCUUGACUCGAAGGCGAUAGCUGCUGCCAAGAAUGAUCUCGAAAGAAUUCUCGGGGCGCUGGAGGAUAUUCACUUGGCAUUCAACUCAAUGACCAUUUCGCAGCAUCAACAUUCCUGGACGAGGAAGAGUAAUGGUCAAUGCAACCUCGAGUUUAUCCGUUUAUAUCCUUACCCUCAGCUCUUCCUCUCAGUUUUGUGAUCUAUAAUCUGUAGAAAUGUCUGGCGCGAUUGCAAUCUCGAUCUUUUUCUUUCUUUUUCAUUCUUUUGGAUAAAUGAGAAGAACGAUGCAGUGGCACAAAGCUAGUAUAGUAUUGGGCAAAUAGAGGCAUGAAUAGCUCAUUAGAAUUUGCCAUGUUUUUUUCCCGGGAUACGCCAUUUUGAAAGAAAUCAAUUUCAUUCCCCUCUUUAUGAAA